AAGAUGAAGUUUGAGAGCAUCUUGGAGGAAAUUGACGGUUUUGGGCCUUUCCAAAUCGCCAUCAUCGUCUUGCUCUGCACCCCUCGAAUAGUUCUGCCCUGUCACUUCUUACUGAAUAACUUCAUCGCUGCAGUGCCUCCUCACCACUGUGACAUCAGCACCCUGGAUAAUGGAGGACUCUUCAGAAAUUUAACUCAGGCGCAGAGACUGACCGUCAGCAUUCCUGUGCGAGAAAAUGGGGAUCCAAAAUCCUGCGAGAUGUUUGCAGAGCCUCAGUUUCAGCUCUUAUCCAACAGCUCCGACAGCAACGACCUGCAGACAGUUCAGUGUCAGAGCGGAUGGGUUUACGACAACUCCACCUUCACCUCCACCUUAGCAACAGAGUGGGACCUUGUCUGUGAUAGAAAAAGCCUGACCAAAACCACAGGCACAAUCUUCUUUUCCGGAGUGAUGAUGGGCGCGAUAGCUUUUGGGUUUCUCUGUGAUAAGUAUGGGAGGAAAAACACUCUCUUGGCCUCGUACAUCAUGGCGAUGGUGUUUGGCUUCUCUAGUGCGUUUGCGAACUCCUACAUCCUGUUUGCAGUGCUGAGAUUUCUCACUGGGUUCGGGCUGACAGGAAUCACCAUCAACUCAAUAGUUCUGAGCAUCGAAUGGGUCGACGUAGGUCAUAGGUCGUUUAUCGGUGUGAUCGGCAGCCUGGCCUGGUCUGCAGGUAACAUGCUGCUGGCCGGGUUUGCCUUCCUGGUGAAUGACUGGCGGACACUGAUCAUGACUGUUACAGCCCCACUGGGGUUUGCAAUUUUGACCUGGUGGUGGAUUCCUGAAUCUGCUCGAUGGCUUUUAGCCAAUGGUAAAAUGGAAAAGGCCCAGUAUUACCUUGAUAGAUGUGCUAAGUUCAACAAGAGACAAAAACUGUCAUCCAAAUUAAAAUUAGAAACACUCUCCAACAUACAAAUCCUGGAGAAUCAGGACAAAAACUAUUCUUACCUUGAUCUACUUAAGACCCCAAAGAUGAGACAGUUAACUCUGCUGACUGGGAUUGUGUGGUACGGAGUUGCCUCGACGUAUUAUGGAAUCAGUCUGAAUAUCAGCGGAUUUGGUUUAAACAUGUACCUCACACACUUCAUCUAUGCUGCCAUUGAAGUUCCUGCCAAGCUGAUGGUCUAUUUCUUGCUCAACAUCAUUGGUCGGAGGAAGUGCCAAGCUGGCACCCUGUUACUGACGGGAACCUGCAUCGCCAUAAACAUCUUUGUUCCAAAAGAUCUGUGGCAUGUGCGUGCCACUGUGGCCAUUCUUGGAAAAGGCCUAUCAGAAGCUUCCUUCACGACUAUCUUCCUCUACACGACUGAGCUUUAUCCCACAGUUGUAAGACAAAACGGUCUGGGUUACACCAGCUUCAUAAGUCGUGUGGGAGUGUCAGUCGCUCCGCUCAUCCUGCUGCUGGAGGACGUAUGGACUACUCUUCCUCAAAUCAUCAUCUGCACUGUGGCCAUCAUAUCUGGUCUGGUGUCUUUCCUGCUUCCAGAGACUCUGGAUGUGAGGCUUCCAGAGACCAUUGAUGAUAUAGAAAAGCCAAGAAGGAAUCAUGUCUCCUCUCACUCCUUGGAGUCUUCGUGAGUUUCUCUGGAGUCAAACAACACAACAAACACUUAGUUU